UCCCGCCGCCAAAACAAGCCCUCUCUUCACAAAAGGAGGAAAUUAAACAAGCGAUACAAAUGCCAGAAAGCAAGGCGGUUAUUGGUCUGAAAUGGGAGCCCAAGCUUCCUGGUUUGCCUUUACCAUCUACAACCACCUCUAUUUCUGGUUCCGGGUCUGUUUCUAAAUCCCAGAAUGAACCCGAAAACACUUCCCUUUGGAAAUCCAACAACCAGCUCGUCGAUGGCCUCUUUGUACCACCUAAUGAUCCUUCAAAGGUUAAUAAAUUGCUCAGAAAGCAAGUCAAAGACACUGCUGGCUCCGCCUGGUUUGAUAUGCCUGCCCCAACUCUCACCCCCGAGUUGAAGAAAGAUCUUCAAUUACUCAAGUUGAGGGGAGCCAUUGAUCCCAAGAGACACUAUAAAAAGGAUUCAAAAUCCAAAGCACUGCCCAAGUACUUCCAGGUUGGGACUGUGGUAGAAUCCGUGACAGACUACUACUCAGGUAGAAUGACAAAGAGUGAGAGGAAGGCAACCCUAGCAGAUGAGCUGCUUUCUGAUCCAGCUGUUAGGCAAUACAGGAAGCGUAAGGUUCGGGAGAUUGAAGAAUGUAAUCGACCAACCGGUAAUGAGAAAUGGAAGAUAAAAGGACGUCAAACGUACAAGCGGGCGAAGCAGCGAAGGCAUUAACUUCUUUCCAUGCUAUAUGGUGUCUGAAAUUUUGACCCUAUUACUAGAAGGGAAUUUUGUGUGCCAAAUGUCCCAAGAAACAAGAUGAACAGUGGAGUUGUUUGAAGGUAAUAUCAAUGGCUUUCUUCGGGUUAAAACUAUGGUCCUCCUUGGGAUAUACCCCAUUAUUGAUUCUUGAUUCUAGAUAUUUAAGCGUUUUGAUUGAUAGUGGUGAGCCUAUUUAGA